UGCACCAAAACAAAACCUUCGACCAGGAAGUGCAAAGGAAGGUUGCACCUCUAACGUCCACACGUUGCUUGUUGUGCGUGUUUCUUUCGCCUUAAGUCUGUGGAGAUGCUGCUGGCCAAACAUCCCAGAAGGAUCCUCGAUCCCCUUAGGAUUUUAGGGGCAAGAGGCCAGCUCUGCCAUUCCGGCCAGGGAUCGGCUGCCGAGAAUCCCGCGGGAGAGGAAUAUUACCCGCUGUAUCCCGGCCACAUCCCCACCAACUUUCUGCAGAAAGGUUUGCUGGCAGCCGGCUCGGCCUGCAUGGCGCUCUACGACCCUUACCGCCACGAUAUGGUUGCUGUCCUUGGAGAGACGACCGGUUCCUUUGCUCUCCGGAAACUCUGGGGGCGGAUGAAGAACGAUCCGGAGGGAUAUCGGAUCCUACAGGAGCGGCCUCGGAUCCGUCUCUCCACGCUGGAUAUCGCUGGGCUUCAGGCACUCCCCAAUGGGACCUUAGGACGAGAAUAUGUCCGCUUUCUAGACGAUAACGGAGUCUCUCCGGACACGAGGCUGGCCGCCCGGUUUGUGGACGACGAAGAGCUGGCGUACGUCAUCCAGAGGUACCGCGAAGUCCAUGACCUCAUGCACACGCUUCUCGGCAUGCCGACCAACAUGCUUGGGGAGAUCGCAGUGAAGUGGUUUGAGGCCGUCCAGACGGGCCUGCCCAUGUGCAUCCUGGGAGCCAUGUUUGGCCCUGUCCGUCUAAACUCCCGGAAGCUGCAUCUCCUGGCCACAGAGCUGGUCCCGUGGGCCGUCAGGAGCGGAAACAGCGCCCGGUGCUUCUUGAACUUCUAUUACGAAGAGCGCUGGGAGCAGCCCGUGGAAUCCCUUCGCGACGAAAUCGGCAUCCUGCCGCUGCCGGCAGUGAAAGUCUGAGCCGGAGGGUUUGACUCAAGCCACGAACUUGGAAGAAACUGAGCUGGUCCUGUGUUGGAUCAAGGAUAAAUCCUGCUAAAAAGGUUUACCAGGCAUUUAUGUCCGCUGCCCUGUAAGAGGUGAAGAAAACGAGGUCGUAUUAUAAACAUGAAGUCUGUUGUCAAAGGCUUUCAUGGCCGGAA